AAAACCUCAACUUUGGUCUUCCCUCUCUCUGUCUCUCUCUCGCUGUCCGUCUCUCCCUCCAUUGCACAGACUACUGAGUGGGAGAAGCUCAGAGGAAUCAAAGCAAAAAUGGCUUCUUCGCUUCACCUGAAGGAGCUCAUCUGCUCCUCCUCUUCUUCCCCGUCCUCCUCGUCUCCUGCUUCUUCUUCAAUUCUUACUCCUCUUCAUCACAGUGCGCUCUCCCGCCCCAUUUCGACAGUGACCUUCUCUUCUAGACGGAAGACUGCGAGGAGACGGAGCCGACCGAGUUCGUGGGGCGUGAGCUGCUCUUUCGUGCCCAUGGAGACCGCCAAGAUUAAGGUUGUCGGCGUCGGUGGAGGCGGCAACAAUGCCGUCAACCGCAUGAUUGGGAGCGGCUUGCAGGCUGUGGACUUCUACGCCAUAAAUACUGAUUCGCAAGCCCUCCUGCAGUCUGCAGCCGAGAACCCGCUUCAAAUUGGAGAGCUUUUAACUCGUGGAUUGGGCACAGGAGGGAAUCCACUUCUAGGCGAGCAGGCUGCAGAAGAAUCAAAGGAAACAAUAGCAAAUGCUCUCAAAGGUUCAGACCUUGUGUUCAUAACAGCUGGUAUGGGUGGGGGAACUGGGUCCGGUGCUGCUCCAGUUGUCGCCCAAAUAUCAAAAGAAGCUGGUUACCUCACUGUUGGGGUCGUAACAUACCCUUUCAGCUUUGAGGGGCGGAAAAGAUCUAUGCAAGCACUGGAGGCUAUUGAAAAGUUGCAGAAGAAUGUUGACACACUUAUAGUGAUUCCCAAUGACCGAUUGCUGGAUAUUGCAGAUGAGCAAACACCCCUUCAGGAUGCAUUUCUUCUUGCUGAUGAUGUUCUGCGUCAGGGGGUCCAAGGAAUUUCCGAUAUAAUCACGAUUCCAGGCCUUGUAAAUGUUGAUUUUGCAGAUGUGAAGGCAGUCAUGAAAGACUCGGGAACUGCGAUGCUUGGUGUAGGAGUUUCCUCCAGCAAGAACCGAGCAGAAGAAGCGGCUGAACAAGCUACCUUGGCUCCCUUGAUUGGAUCAUCAAUUCAAUCAGCCACUGGAAUUGUAUACAAUAUAACUGGAGGAAGGGACAUAACCUUGCAGGAAGUGAACAGAGUCUCUCAGGUUGUCACAAGUUUAGCAGAUCCUUCUGCCAACAUUAUCUUUGGAGCGGUUGUGGACGACCGUUACAAUGGAGAGAUUCAUGUUACAAUAAUUGCCACUGGUUUCUCACAGUCGUUUCAGAAGGCUCUUUUGGGUGACCCAAAGGCCGCCAAAGUGAGCGAUAAAGCUGCCGUUGUUGGACAAGAAAACAAAAUGCCUCUUCCUCUCAAGCCAUUAACCCCUUCUUCCCCUGUCCCAUUGAGAUCUUCCACUCGGAAGCUCUUCUUUUAAUCUGGACUGCUCUUUCUUCUAUCUUCAAUCCUGUUCUUGUGUCAGUUAGGUAGUCGCUAAGUGAUUCAUUUUCUAGUGAAUUUGUAUCAAAUUACAUUAGCUUCUUGCUCUAUGCUGCUCUGAUCUUGUUUGUGUUUCUGCUAUUAUGGAUGUAACUAUUGACGGAAAAGGAUAAAGAAAGAGUAGUGAGUUCGAACAAGCAAUGUUUAUAUUGAUUAUCAAAUUUUCAAUAUGAGGGGUUUCGAAAAGUAA